AUGGAUCUUAAUCGUGAACAUUUGCGUGCUAUGAUCUUCUAUGAUUUUAAAUGUGGUUUAACUGAACAAUUGAGUUUGGAACGUUUGCAGUCAGCAUUAGAGGACUCUGCUCCUUCUCGUGCAACAGUUUUUAGGUGGUUUAAGGAAUUUAAAAGAGGCAAAACUAACUUUGAAGAUGAACUAAGAGGCGGACGCCCGGAAACAGCAGUUACUGCAGAAAAUGUGUGGACAUCUGAAAUGUUGGUGCGAGAAGACCCACGAAUCACGUACACGAACAUUGAGAAGAUCCUAGGCAUUAGUUCGGGAAGCGUCAAUACUAUCCUGCAUCAACAUCUUGGAGUGAGGAAGCUUUGUUGUCGAUGGAUCCCACGAUUGCUCUCCGGUGCUGAAAAACAGGCUCGAGUGGAUUGGUGA